AUGCAUCAAUAUUCAGGUGUUGAUGUUGUAUUUCUCGAUGAUCAACAGAAUAAAAGUUCGAAAGGAGCAACAAAUAGCUUAGAAAUCAAGAAAGACGCCGAGCAAAAGAAAUAUUGUGUAACCAUUAAAAAUGGAGCAUCGGUGAUAGGAAAUAUUGUGUUAGAUGAAUCUUUCGAAAAUAUCCGAUCGGGUUCGAAUGGCAUCGUUAUUAGUUUACCUAAACAAAAACAUUUGUCCUAUUUAUUGCGAUUUUCCAGUCCCGAUGAUCUAAAUAGUUUCAAGAAGAUUCUUUCAACUAUUAAAUCUGGCCGAAGUAUUGAGGAUAAUAUUUCAAGUCAAUUUGAUGAGCGUACAGAAGAAUCGUCGGCAGUACAAUAUUUUCAAUUUUACGGUUAUUUAUCCCAGCAACAAAAUAUGAUGCAAGAUUAUAUUCGAACGUCGACAUAUCAAAGAGCAAUUCUUGACAAUUCCAUUGAUUUCGUCGGCAAAGUUGUACUUGAUGUUGGCGCUGGUUCGGGAAUUCUUUCGUUUUUUGCUGCUCAGGCAGGUGCACGAAAAGUAUACGCUGUUGAAGCAAGUUCGAUGGCUCAACAUGCCAAAGCUCUCGUCGAUAACAAUCAAUUGAGUAAUCGUAUCCAAGUGAUCGCUGGAAAAGUUGAAGAAAUCACCUUACCAGAGCAAGUCGAUGUGAUAAUUUCCGAGCCAAUGGGUUAUAUGUUAUACAAUGAACGUAUGUUAGAAUCGUACUUACAUGCGAAAAAAUGGUUGAAGCCGAAUGGUAAAAUGUAUCCGACAACAGGUGAUUUGUAUGUCACGCCAUUUACUGAUGAAGCUCUAUAUAUGGAGCAAGUUGGUAAAGCGAACUUUUGGUAUCAACAAUCGUUCUACGGAGUGGAUUUAACUACACUCCGUGAUCAAGCAUUAGAUGAAUACUUUAAACAACCAAUCGUGGACAAUUUUGAUGUGCGCAUUUGUUUGUCACGGCCAAUCAAAUAUACAGUGAAUUUUUUAACUGCAGCGGAAGAAGAUUUACACGAAAUUAAUAUUCCACUGUCAUUCCAAAUGAACACAACAGCUGUUGUGCAUGGCCUAGCAUUUUGGUUCGAUGUCUCGUUCGAUGGAUCGAAUUCACAAGUAUGGUUGUCUACAGCACCAACUCAACCGCUGACCCAUUGGUACCAAGUCCGAUGUUUAUUUCUCAGGCCAUUAUCAGUCAGUCACGGCAAAACGAUUAAAGGCCAUGCGAUCUUACAUUCCAACCGAAAGCAAAGUUAUGAUGUAGAAAUUUUUCUUCAAAUCGAUGGCACAACGAUUUCUGCUGAGAAUACACUUGAUCUAAAGAACCCAUAUUUCAGAUAUCCCAAUCAACCGGUACAAGCUCCACCUGGCCAAUUUCAUGAGUCUCCAACGGAACAAUAUUGGAAUGCAUUGCCUACGGAUCCGACAGCGAUGGCAUCAGCAGGAGCAAUUCUUCCGAAUGUCAAUCAGUUCACUCAGAAUUGCAACAUUAAUAACACUACGAAUCCAGCAAACGAUUUCGAUGGUAAUUUAUUAAACAACGCUGCAACAAAUUUUGCAAAUCGCUUCACAUUACCGUCGUCUAAUCAUUCCGAGAAAACAACAGCAUUCCCAACAACUAAUACUCAAAUGGCCAAUGGAUUCGUAUCAUUCUCGAAUACCCCAACUACGAAUCCAUUCUUUCAUCAACCCAAUUCGUCAACACAUAAUUGA